UAGUGUGGUGAUAUCAUAAAUAACAGAAACCUAAUAUCCGAUGCUUGUGGAAGGGUUUUCCUGAAGCCAGGGCUUAUUUACUUGUCGUUACUUGGCCUGGUGGGGUGGGCGGCGGUGGUUUGAAUACCCUGUGCGCUUGGGAGUCGAGCGCAGGGUUUCUCGCAUUGGAUCCGGAGGCCGAGUGCCCCGCUCGGUUUGGAGAGAACUGUCCUGUGAAUGUGACGCGGUCUAGAUUUAUAGCAGAGGGCUCGGGGUGUUUGCUGUCUUCGUCAGCUGUGAGAGCUCCCUGCUGGGGCCACUCCUGCCUGAUGGAAAAGCAGCAGCUGGGAAGGUGCUGUUUCAGGCUCUCGCUGUUUAAAAAAAAAGAGAGAGCGAGAGGGGGGAAACUCCACUAAGUCCACAAGCUGGCAUUGGAGGGGGAGACCGCGGUCAUGUGCUUCUGGCCAUCCUACCCUCUGUCACAGUGCGGGUGAGAGCUCUGCGCUCUUACCCAAUCAUGCCUGGAAUGCCGCUCGCCACUGGGGUUAUUUCUGCUAUCUGUCGCUCUUGGUGCUGCAGUGCUAACGGUUUGGCAGAUGGGACGCUUUUUCUUGGAGUUUGUGCCUUUGGUUUCUGACUUCUGGCAGAGCCGGGCCUGCUGCUGCUCGCCCUCUCCCUCCCUGCCCCCCUGGGCACCAUGGCCCAUCGGCUUCGGUUUCAUUUUGGCUCUGGUCGCAGCAACACAGCCCCCGAAUCAGAGAUCCUAGACCAGGAGAGAGAAGACGACUUUUUCAUGGCAUUCCACACCCUGCCGCGGAGGAGCGGCCCUCACGCCUUCGCCCCAAGCGGCGCGGAGGACGGCGGCGGCCUGCGGGGAGGCGUGGGCGCGCUCAAGCGCAGCUCGUCCAUGUUCAUCCCCCAGCUCCUGAGCCCCGCGGACGCGCGCCCCACGCGGAGCUCGUCCGUGCAGAUCUCGCUGCAGCGCAAGGCGGCCGACGGGGCCCCCGACGGCGGCGGGCCGCCCGAGGGUCCGGACGGCGAUGCAGGCCCAGCGUCUCGGGGAGGCUGCCUGGACCCGCCGGAGCCCCCCACGCCCGAGAGCUCCCCUCCAAGGGCAGCCGGGGUACCCGGCCACCAGGUCAACGGCACGUGCGGCCGCCGAGCGUGCCGCCCCACCGCGUCCGACGGCCGUGAGGAGGCCGGUGGGCUCCGUGUCCAGCACCGUGCCUCCAGCGCCGACGUGCGCCAGGUGAGGCUGAUGCCCUUCGGCGCUGAUGGCCCCGGCAGCUCCUCGCCGCGCGAGCCGCGGCGCUGGUCCCUGCAGCACGUUCCAGAUGCCUCUGGAAGUUCUGGGAAGCGGUGCUUCGUUUUCCAGUUGCAGCAGCCUCAGCCCGGCACUCCGGGGCCUGGUGGGGACUUCAAUUUCGGUUUCACUGGCACGAAGGGGGACCGGUUGGUGCGGUAUCCCCGCAUCCGGCUGGAGAGGAGCACCUCGUACCCCACGCAGCCCCGAGCGGGGCACACCAGCCCCACGGAAGAGCGAGGCCACCCUGGGCACCCGGAGACGCUUCCUCGGGGCCGCAGGGUGGCUCCCGAAAUCCACAGGACCAAUUCCGUGGAAAGGAUGCCACAGGGUCAGGGCUGCACGUUUAAGAUUAGGCAGGAUCAAAAUGCGGGGCAGCAGCAUUUCAGAAUUCUUGUGACCCGGGGACCGGAGGAGGCUUCCCAGAGUUCCGAGGAGGAAAACUCCCCCAGCCCUGUGUCCACUGUCGCCGGUGCCCCGACGCGAGACGACUUCCUGGGACAGGUGGACAUACCCCUCAGCCAUCUCCCAACAGAAGAUCCAACCAUGGAGCGACCCUAUACCUUUAAGGAUUUUCUCCUCAGACCAAGAAGUCAUAAAUCUCGAGUCAAGGGAUUUUUGCGAUUGAAAAUGGCCUAUAUGCCCAAAAAUGGAGGUCAAGAUGAAGAAAACAGUGAGCAGAGGGAUGACCUGGAGCACGGGUGGGAGGUUGUCGACUCGAAUGACUCCUCUUCUCAGCACCAGGAGGAGCUUCCUCCCCCUCCUCUGCCUCCUGGCUGGGAAGAAAAAGUGGACAAUCUAGGUCGGACUUACUACGUCAACCACAACAACCGCACCACUCAGUGGCACCGUCCGAGCUUAAUGGAUGUGUCCUCCGAGUCAGACAGUAACAUCAGGCAGAUCAACCAGGAGGCCGCGCACCGGCGUUUCCGCUCCCGCAGGCACAUCAGCGAAGACCUGGAGCCCGAGCCCAGCGAGGGCGGAGACGGCCCUGAGCCUUGGGAGACCAUUUCAGAAGAAGUGAGUAUCACUGGGGACUCCCUCAGUCUGGCACUGCCCCCACCACCAGCCUCCCCGGUGUCUCGGACCAGCCCCCAGGAACUCUCCGAGGAGCUCAGCAGAAGGCUUCAGAUCACUCCAGACUCCAACGGGGAGCAGUUCAGUUCUUUGAUUCAGAGAGAGCCCUCCUCGAGGCUGAGGUCCUGCAGUGUCACCGACGCGGUUGCCGAGCAGGCUCAUCUACCACCGCCCAGUGCCCCAACUAGGAGAGCGCGUUCAUCAACUGUCACGGGUGGUGAGGAGCCAACGCCAUCAGUGGCCUAUGUACAUACCACGCCGGGCCUCCCUUCAGGCUGGGAAGAAAGAAAAGAUGCUAAGGGACGCACAUACUAUGUCAAUCAUAACAAUCGAACCACCACUUGGACGCGACCUAUCAUGCAGCUUGCAGAAGAUGGUGCAUCCGGAUCCGCCACAAACAGUAACAACCAUCUAAUCGAGCCUCAGAUCCGCCGGCCUCGUAGCCUCAGCUCGCCAACAGUAACCUUAUCUGCCCCCCUGGAGGGUGCCAAGGAUUCACCCAUACGUCGGGCUGUGAAAGAUACCCUUUCCAAUCCACAGUCCCCACAGCCAUCACCUUACAACUCCCCCAAACCACAACACAAAGUCACACAGAGCUUCCUGCCGCCCGGCUGGGAAAUGAGGAUAGCGCCAAACGGCCGACCCUUCUUCAUUGACCAUAACACAAAGACUACGACAUGGGAAGACCCACGGCUGAAAUUUCCAGUGCAUAUGCGGUCAAAGGCAUCUUUAAACCCCAAUGACCUGGGCCCUCUUCCUCCUGGUUGGGAAGAAAGAAUUCACUUGGACGGCCGAACAUUUUAUAUUGAUCAUAGCAGCCAGGUGUUAUGUGGAGAGAAUGAUACCAGAGAAUCAGUGCCCUCGUACGAUAGCAAAAUCACCCAGUGGGAAGACCCAAGACUGCAGAACCCAGCUAUUACCGGUCCGGCUGUUCCUUACUCAAGGGAAUUUAAGCAGAAAUACGACUACUUCAGGAAGAAAUUGAAGAAACCUGCUGAUAUUCCAAAUAGGUUUGAAAUGAAACUUCACAGAAAUAACAUUUUUGAAGAGUCUUACCGGAGAAUCAUGUCUGUGAAAAGACCAGAUGUCCUAAAAGCUAGACUCUGGAUUGAAUUUGAAUCAGAGAAAGGUCUUGACUAUGGGGGUGUGGCCAGAGAAUGGUUCUUCUUACUGUCCAAGGAGAUGUUUAAUCCGUACUAUGGUCUCUUCGAGUACUCUGCCACGGACAACUACACACUUCAGAUCAAUCCAAAUUCAGGCCUCUGUAAUGAAGAUCACUUGUCCUAUUUUACUUUUAUUGGAAGAGUUGCUGGUCUGGCAGUGUUUCACGGGAAACUUCUGGAUGGUUUCUUCAUUAGACCAUUUUACAAAAUGAUGUUGGGAAAGCAGAUCACUCUGAACGACAUGGAAUCCGUGGAUAGUGAAUAUUACAACUCUUUGAAAUGGAUCUUAGAAAAUGACCCUACUGAACUGGACCUUAUGUUCUGUAUCGAUGAAGAAAACUUUGGACAGACAUACCAAGUGGAUCUGAAGCCCAAUGGGUCAGAAAUAAUGGUAACAAAUGAAAACAAAAGGGAGUAUAUUGACCUAGUCAUCCAGUGGAGGUUUGUCAACAGGGUCCAGAAGCAGAUGAACGCCUUCCUGGAGGGAUUCACUGAACUGCUUCCUAUUGAUUUGAUUAAAAUUUUUGAUGAAAAUGAACUGGAGUUGCUGAUGUGCGGCCUUGGUGACGUGGACGUGAAUGACUGGAGACAACAUUCUAUUUACAAGAAUGGCUACUGCCCAAACCACCCUGUCAUUCAGUGGUUCUGGAAGGCUGUGCUGCUGAUGGACGCUGAAAAGCGUAUCCGGUUAUUGCAGUUUGUCACCGGAACGUCCCGAGUACCUAUGAACGGAUUUGCAGAACUUUAUGGUUCCAAUGGUCCUCAGCUGUUUACAAUAGAGCAAUGGGGGAGUCCUGAAAAACUGCCCAGAGCUCACACAUGCUUUAAUCGCCUUGACUUACCUCCAUAUGAAACCUUUGAAGAUUUACGAGAGAAACUCCUCAUGGCUGUGGAAAAUGCUCAAGGAUUUGAGGGGGUAGAUUAAGCACCCCUUGCCUCGGGAUGGUUGUUCAUCAGCAAGUCCUGCUUGCACUUGCCUGACAGACUUUGCAGAGACGACGGCAGCAGUUGCACGGUGCGGCUCCUGGAGCAGAGCCUUUCCCGGGACUUGCCCAGGUUCAGCUAUGGGAACCCAGGCCAGUCGUGUUCCUGCAUUUCCACCACGAAUUAUCAACUGGGUGAUGUGUACACUAAUUACAUUUCAGGAGGACUUAGUUCUAUUUAUGUUGUGCCUCUGUAGGCAAAGCCCUUAAUAAAUAUUUUACAUACUUUAUAAUGACAAUGAAUGGAAUUAAUCACUCUACAGGUAUAGUAUUACAACUCAUGUUUACUUUUUAAAAUGAUUUAGACCGAUUUUCAGAUCUUAUUUCAUUACAAUUAAAGAUGUCUCGUGUACUUGGAAAAGUGAGCAUAUUUUUUUUGUAUAUGAAUUUCAUACCAGGUUUAAUGUCAGUGACAUUUUUAUUUUUGAAGUCCUUUGAUAUCCUUACCCCCUACUUUAUGAGACUUGGGAGACUGAUUUUUGUCCAAAAACCUUCUACAGACAAGUACUUUGAGACUUUAAAAUACAACAUUAGGCAUAAUGAUGAUGAUUUUUUUCCAUACUCAGAAUGAAAACAAACUGGAUAUUCCAUUUUUUCAUUCAAAUCUAGCGUCAUAGCUACAGGCUGAGAGAAUUGUAACAUAGUAUGACAAAUUUUGUGUUGACUGGAAAGAAUUACACCAUUAUUCUUCAGAAGUAAUCAUGUGUGCUUUAUAUUACAUGUUUGAGACAGGAUUGGACUAUCAUUUCUCACAACAGAAAUUACCUAACCCUUCCUGAUGCUGUACAGUCAUUCUUUUAUUAUAGUUUCCUCUUUGCUGUUCGUAAUAGAGACAUUUGAAUGAAACUUGGCACUCCUUGAUUUGAAACUGUGGAAACCAGAUUUGUUCUGUCUCCUGUUUGUGUAGCAUUUGCUAAUGGUAGCUAAAUAAUCGAUUUUUGUCCUAACUGCACCAAUUCUGAAGGCACUUUAUGUACUACAUGGAGGUCAUAUCUGGUUUUGUUGAUUUCUGUUUUUUUUUUAUCAUAGACAUUAAAUGUGAUGAUUAUUUCUUCUCCCUGCA